AUGUGUACAGAAGGGCCACGCCGCCAGUCACGUGGCACGCAGCGCAAGUCCUAUCGCGUCGAGGAUGAGUACAGCUUUCUCGACGAAGAUGCCGACUCCGUGACCUCUGGCCGACAGUCGCCUGACUUCACUGAGCCACAAGAGGAGGAGGACGACUUCAUGCCCGAUGCUGAGGAAGAGGUGGAAGAAGAAGUUGACGAUGAGGACAUGGUAGCUACCAGCGACUCAGACCAAGAUGACGAUUCAGAGCAAGAAAGGCCUGAAACACCCGAGACACCCGAAAUCAACAUUAUCGAGAUAGACUCCGUUCCGACGCCUGAUACCACGGAUGGCAAGCGCAGAAAAGGAUCGGGACCCCGUAUCAAGCUGGGCAAUAACAAAAUGAAAGUGCCCAUUCGCAUCACCCGUGGAGGCGGCACAGCAGCCAAAGCAGUCGCAGCCACACCGCUACGCACUCGAGGUGUUCCAGAGUUCACAAAGUCCGGAGGGCAAGAAACCCGUGACUUUUGGGCGGGACUAUUGACACAACAGGAGACUUUGCCGGUGAAGGAUUAUCGUCCAGGAGAGAGCAGCAUACGAAGAAGCUUCUUUGAAAGUCCGGCGGCGAGGGAACAGGAGAUCAAGACUACGAGGACUUGGUAUGCAGAUACUGGACGACAGGUAUUUGCAAAGGUCCAAGAGAGUAGGAGCCUGACCGCAGAGGAAGCUACAUCUUAUCUAGUCAAUGAUGGCGCAGAGUCGCUCAACGUGUUGUGCGGACCCGUCGACAAACCCGAAGUGUACACGCUGAAAAAGCUCUCAUACCUCAAUGUGGCAGAGCCUUUCAAGCAAAAGCAAGGCAGGCGAGGGUGGUUGUUCAAUCUUGGCUCAAGGAUACAAGAUGCCCAGUGGUCGGCCAACGAGGAAGGUAGCACGCAGUACCUUGCGGUCGCUGUUGAGCAGAAGUCUAUGGCGAUGCCUCGACCAAAGCCGAUGGAGAAUCCGAAAGCACCUGCCUUUUCUGCUACGAAGCCGUUUCCUGCUUCGAUUCAGCUUUGGGCAUUCGAUGCGAACGAAAAAGGGGAGUUUGAUGUAUCGAAGCAGCCGCGACUUCAGCUCGUCAUCUGCACGGAUUGGGGUGCACCGAAACAGUUUAGGUGGUGCCCUAUAGAUACAAGCAACGAACUGGGUCGUACGGAAGAGCAGGAUAAUGCUCAUAUCGGACUUCUAGCAGGAAUAUGGUCGGACGGAAGAGUACGGAUUCUCGAUGUUUCUUGCCCUCGGUCGGCCAUGAACUCUUCAGAGACACAAUACCUUCACAUUUCACAAGCAGCUUUCGACGUCAGCUUUCCACAGACCGUCCCUACAUGUCUACGAUGGCUAUCAGGCACCACACUUGGUGUAGCAACUGCGAUCGGCACGUUGGCCAUCUGGACUCUGACGCGAUCAGACACUUUCUCCGACCAACAAGCAACACAAAGCUCUCCCAGACCAUGGUUCUACGAACAAAUCGCCGACACAUACAUUCUCACUCUCGCAUCGGGCUAUCCCUCUCAGCCACAGUUGGUCUCCGUCACUACUGCCGACGGGUUCGGUCGCCUUUAUGACAUUCGUACACCCAAAGCGGACAACACAGCUUCAAUACGUGGUCGCACACUCUCCGUGACCCAAGACUGGCACGAACAGACUCAAUCAUUCAUUGCACCAGAUGAAUACUACAUGAUCAGACACAACCCAAUCCGACGUUACUACCACAACCUAUACACCAUGCGAGCAGAAAGCAUCAUCACCCGCUGUGCAGCCAGCCCGGUUCAUCCCGGCAUCCUAAUUGGCGGCGCAGACGGACGAGUCGAAGCCAGCAAUCCCGUCGGAAGAAUAUGUAACUACAAAAUCAUCCCCUGGCAGCAAACCUGGUUCAAGCACGAAUGGCGCGGUCCCAUAUCCAAUCUCGUUCGGACAAAACCCGGCGAGGAAGACGAAGAAGAAGAUGUGGAAAUGGCAGACGGUGGUCCAGUCACUGAUGCCAACGCGCCACCCCAGUCUUUCCUAGACCAGCCCCUCGCUCGCAUUACGGAGGGCUAUAAGGCGCUUCAGCCAGGCAUCCAGCACUCUAUCAUGUCGAAGAAAAACCCGAAUCCAGAGGUGGGCAAGGGUGUCACGGUAUAUGAGGAGCCAUCUGCUGUUACGGCGUUGGCGUGGAAUCCGAAUCUUAAGUUUGGGGAUUGGGCCGUUGCGGGCAUGGGGGAUGGGUUGUUGAGGGUGGAGGAUAUUGGUGUAUAG